AUGGGCGCUUUGGAGAAGCUGUGUGACGCCUUCAACCUCCGCAGGUACAAGCCGGGUGCAGACAUCGUGGUGCAGGGCGAGCAAGGUGCGGAGUUCUACCUCAUCACCUCUGGCACAGCUCGGGUGUGGGUCAAGAGUGGCGAUGAUGAGCAGGAGUACGUGCGCCUGCAUGCUGGCAACCUCUUCGGGGAGCGCGCCCUCCUGAAGAACGAGCCCCGCGCCGCCUCGGUGACCGCGGUGACCGAGGUGGAAGUGCUGGUCCUGAGCCGUGGCAAGUUCGAGCGCCUCUUGGGCUCCAUGGACGACCUGCAGCAGCAGCAAUACCUCACGGACCCGCGGAAGCUUAUUGCCGACUUCUACCAGGAGGGCGACGCGCGAGGGCCCGCGGGCUCACUGCUGCGGCACAAGAUGGAGGGCAAGCAUGGAGACGAGACGAAGUGGUUCGCAAUCUACCGGCCGACCAGCAAGGACGCCAUUGCCAAAAUGCUGUCGGGCGCCGCAGUCGGCAAAGGGCUCAACGUCAAGGGCAAGUCAGCCAAGAAGGGCGUCCUCUCCGGCUUCGUGCCUUUUGUUCAGAUCAGCGAGAACGAGCACAAGAAAGUGAUCGAAGAUUCACCGCCUGAUUCCAGAAUAGUGGUGUACUACAAGUCCAAGGCGGCCCGCGAGGAGGCGAAGAAGGCGCUUUUGGCCGUGCUGGAAUCCUCUUCCCACCUGAAGAUCGAGACCAGGAAGAUGGAGGAUGAGGACGGCCUGCGCCGCUACCCGGGUGCCAAUCCCUGA